AUGGCAAGAAACGAAGGAGUCAUCGCGCCGGAUUCACGCCCGGUGCCGGAACAAAGACCUACACGAAUAGCGAAAACAAAAGCGCAUGAAGCGCUCCGCAAACUCCAUCAAUGCGAAACACAAGAUGAAGGCACGGAGCAUCCAGCAGUCAACCAUAUUUACCACAGGAGCCCUCCCUUGGUAGCACAUAUCCUGAUGAUGAUGCUCGUUCUAAACCAAUGCGAAGGCCAUGAACUCGGCAAACACAUAUCAUGCUCGAACGGAACCGUCAACAUUCACCCACCGUCUUCAUCUUUUCAGUUGUGCUUCGAAAGCACAUGUAGGAAUUUUAGUGCAAAUGCACUCCCAACGCACUAUUUACUUCCACCAUCACCAACAAGUGAACCUAUCCGAGUCGACGUUACAUCCGAAUACAUCAGAGAGACUCGUUUCUGCAGAGCACCAUCCUUUUGCCAACAUGCCUCCCACUUCCUUUCUAAGAGCCUGAUAGCAAAUCCACACUGCUGGCCUACUGGCGCGUUGCUAUCAGUAGCAGUCAUAGGAUAUACCAUCCUCGUUGGGUUUGGGUUCCUUUUAUGGCUCGUCCUACGAGGAAAGCAGAAACCAGCCACAACAGUCUCUAACAGCACAAAUAUUGCGUUGCAGGUCGUGACACCUCAUCAAGAACGUAUUCCUUUCACCCUCACUUCUUUCAAACCAGCCUUAAUUCAACCAUCCUUGUCGAUACUGCUCGCGGCCAUUGCAGCAGGCAUCACGGGUGUAUCUUCAUGCCAGGAAGGAUAUACGCGGCAUUCAGUAGACCUCAUAUGCACAGGUGUUAGUGCCUGCCAUUAUGAAUAUCGACGCGAGAUUUUGUUCAACAAGGUAAUGACAAGUCUCUGCGUUCAAUUACGACACGCGAACACCAGCGUAGGAUACAUCAAAAUAAGACGGAGAUCAGUACAGUUAGAAUGCGCAAAAAAUUCACUAUUCUGGACCAGAGACACUCGACAUUAUGUCAGGCAUAUGACAAGGUGUCGUGGAAUGGGCUCUUGUACAAACGACAAAUGCGAAACAAUGGCUCCAAGCGACAGCAUACCGGAAAUGACCGACUCCCUUUCAGAUCCGGGCUAUAACGCAUGCUCCAUCGAAUGCAGCGGCAUCAACUGUAUUUGCCCGUUUCCAUUUCGUCACUGCACCUUCUACCGAGUUGCACACACGCCUAUCUCAACCCAGACCUAUGAAGUUUUUGCGUGUUCAGCUUGGCUACCCAUGAUAAGCCUGGACGUUUCAGUACAACUAUAUAACUCUCAAAACAAUAGCCGCAUGACGUUACAUCCAUACUCGACUAGGAAGUUCUCUGAUUUCGCAUUCACGGUGAUAUCUAUUCAGACACCGCAUAUACCACUCAACGAAAAAUUUGCGCUAUCUCGUAGCGAAGCAGUCAAGUUACCAAGAGAGUUCACUUUCCCUGUGACCUGUCGCUCCGAACAACAAGCGCAGCAUAACUUCUCAAUGUGCACGAAUAUGCAUUUCUGUAACUGCGAUAUCAGCGGAACACAACCAAAUUGCCGAUGCCCGCACCACAGCCUGUCGUCAUUGCGGCGCAGCAGCGAUUUCCACCUGCCGUUGUCCACACCGCACGUCACGCUCGCGAGGCAAAAGAAUACGGUGAUUGCCGAAUCCGAUGAAAGCGAAAUAGUAGUACUAAUAAAAUCACAGAGACGCCUUGACAGUGCGCAUUUGAACAUCAACGCACCAUGCACAAUAACCACAGGCAGACUGGAAGGUUGCUACAAUUGCGAGCAUGGCAGCAGAAUUAACAUCUCAUGUUAUGCCCCAGUUGCAUCCUGGACAACUAUUGCCUGCGCUCAAGAACUGUUCUCCAUAGAAUGUGGCCCGGAAAAUAAAACAACGGAAGUAAAAAUCGCUUUCAACAAAGCUAUCGUCACAUCGGAAUGCUACACAACAUGUGAGAACAAAAAUGUCUCGGUAAAAAUAAAUGGAAUCCUUUACUACCACACCCAACAAGCAGGAUUACAGGACAUAUUCGUUCACAACACUAUUAGAAAGAUUCCGCAGACAGACUGGUUAAAUGACGUGCAUAUUCCAGACCUUUCUCCCCUGUGGAAAGUAGCACUUGAUCACUGGAAACUCACGAUUACCGUGGUCGUCGCUUUGAUGACAGGAAUCAUCCUAACCUACAUUUGCGGCCCAAUAGUCGCUCUCCUCUUUGUGCAAAUGCUUGGUCAUAUCACAGCAAUAUCGGCGCAAUUCACACUAGCGUCCAUCCAAUCAGCCCGCAAUUCCGUCGUAGCUCGUGUGCGCGGCACGGCCACACCACCGACAACUUCCCACCAUUAA